AUGAAGAGAAAGGCGGAGAGCUCCAGCAAAAAGGCCGGCAGCAAGAAGCCCAAGACCUCCAUCAGCCCAGAAGAUGCAAAGAAGCGCUUCCGCAAGGGCCUCUUUGACGACUCCGUCCUCAGCUCAUACACAAAGGAGUACGCAGAGUCGUCGCCGUACAAGCAUGCCGUCAUCCACGAGCUGGUCGACGACAAGCUGCUCCGGUCGGUUCGAGACGAGAUCCGCGAAAACGUCCAGUUCACGCCCAAGGAGACGGACAUUUACAAGAUCCACCAGUCCGGCGACCUGGCCAACCUCGACGGCCUCGACGACGAGUCCCUCGCCAAGCUGCCCUCGGUGCUCGCCCUCCGCGAUGCCAUCUACUCCGAGACGUUCCGCAACUACGUCUCGGGCAUCACGGGCUGCGGCCCGCUGAGCGGCAGGAAGACGGACAUGGCCAUCAACAUCUACACCCCGGGCUGCUACCUGCUCUGCCACGACGACGUCAUCGGCAGCAGGCGCGUCAGCUACAUCCUCUACCUGACCGAUCCCGACACGCCCUGGAAGCCCGAAUGGGGCGGCGCAUUGCGCCUGUUCCCGACGCAGGAGAUCAAGAACAAGGACGGCGAGGUUGCCAAGACGCCGCUGCCAGACCCCGUCAAGGUCAUCCCGCCCGCGUGGAACCAGCUGAGCUUCUUUGCCGUCCAGCCCGGUGAAAGCUUCCACGACGUCGAAGAGGUGUACCACGCCGAGACCAAGGCGCAGCUAGAAAAGGACGGCGGCCGUGUGCGCAUGGCCAUCAGCGGCUGGUUCCACAUCCCGCAGCUGGGAGAGGACGGAUAUAUCGAGGGCGAGGAGGAGAGGAACGCAAAGAACAGCGGCCUCAUGCAGCUGCAGGGCAACCCUGCUCAGUACGAUGCACCGCAGGCAAACCCCGUCAAGGUCGACAACGCAAAUGGCAGCGAGCCCGAAUUCGAAGAAGCGGAUCUUGAGUUUCUGCUGCAGUACAUUGCGCCGACAUAUCUUACGCCGGAUACGCUGGAGCAGGUCUCGGAGCACUUUGAAGAAACCUCAAGCAUCACGCUUUCAGACGUCUUAUCCAAGAAGUUCUCAAGCAGACUGCGAGAGUACAUCGAGGCGCAGGAGAAGGCGACCCUCCCUGAGAACAGCUCGGAGAUUGAAAAGUCCACCUCGUGGAAGGUCUCAAAGCCACCCCACAAGCACAGGUUUCUCUACCAGCAGCCUUCUGCGUCAGGCGGUUCAUCGUCGGACGACUCCCCCAUCUCAGAGUUACUCAACAAGCUCUUCCCUAGCCGACAGUUCCGCCACUGGCUGCAGGUCGCGACAGGCUGCACCAUCGAGAGCCACGAUGUCCUGGCCCGGCGAUUCCGUCGCGGGAUGGACUACACCCUCGCCACCGGCCACGAGGGCAAGCCGCGUCUAGAGCUCAACCUGGGGCUCACUCCCACACCUGGCUGGGGAGACGUCAACGAGGACGACGAGGACGACGAAGUCGAAGCAGAAGAGGAAGAAGCACAGGCGAAGCCCAACGGCAACAAGAAGACGACGACGAAGAAGAAGAGUAAAGACAAAGGCAAGGGCAAAGCCAAAGCCGAAGAAGCAGACGACGAGCCCGUCGAAGUCGGCGGGCACGAGGUCUACAUGGCUGGCGACGACGACGCGAACGAGGAUGCCGCUGUGUACAAGUCUAGCGGGGAUGACGACAACAUCCUGUUCUUCCAGGCGGCGGCGUGGAACAAGAUGACGCUUGUUUUGCGGGACAGCGGCGCGCUCAAGUUUGUCAAGUAUGUGAGCAGGAAGGCGAAUGGUGAUCGGUGGGAUAUCUCUGGUGUCUUUGAGGUGGAAGAGCAGGAGGAUGAUGAUGAUGACGAUGACGAGGAGGAGGACUCUUUUCAGGGUUUCUCGGAUUAG